AUGAAGUUUCGUCGUCUUACAUGCACCGAGAAGAUUGCGAUCUAUGCUGUGCUGCUUCACAACAGCAGCAAUGGGAAGCCUCGUUACGGUGACAUUAAACAUCAAGCUGCGCUGUACAACGUAUCCGAGCGCACCGUGCAGCGCGUUUGGACGAAAGGACAAGAAAACCGUCCAUUCACAACGCCAGCCCCACGACAACGCAAACAAACUGACAUCUUGGACCUCCAAACACGUGUGUCAAAGCUUCCUGCAACAAAAAAGAUGGACAUACGUACCAUGGCAGAGGCGUUGCAAAUGCCAAAGUCGACACUACACGAUGCCUUUGCAGCUGGUGUGCUUGUUCGAAAGCAUUCGUCAUUAAAGCCGUUGCUCUCGGACGAAAACAAAGCGGCACGAAAACAGUACGCGUACUCGUUCGUCCACUUGAACGAUGGGCACCUCAAAUUCGACCCAAUGCUGGACCGCGUCUUCCUUGACGAGAAAUGGUUCUACCUCCGCAAAAUCAAAAACAAAUUUUAUCUUGCACCAUGGGAAGACGUACCAACACAGUCGACAAAAAACAAGCGCCAUAUACCCAGCGUAAUGUUUCUCACAGCAGUUGCGCGGCCACGUAUGGUUGACGGUGUGCUCUUCGAUGGCAAACUGGGGAUUUGGCCAUUCGUGGAGACUGUUGCUGCUCAACGUCGAAGCCAUCGACGAGAAGCUGGUACGCUUGAAACCAAGACAGUGUCUGUGACAAAGGCAACCUACAAAAACAUGUUGAUCAAGGAGACGUUCCCUGCAAUCUUUGAAAAGUUUCCCUGCGAUUUUCAACGCAUUAUCGUACAACACGACAACGCCAAGCCACAUGCAGUUAUUUGGACCCAGCCGGCAAACAGCCCAGACUUGAACAUUCUUGAUCUGGGCUUCUUCAACUCGAUCCAGUCGCUCCAGCACAAGAUGACGGCCUUCACAGUGGAUGAGUUGAUUGGCAAUGUGAAGAAGGCAUUUACCGACAUACCUGCUGAGUCGUUGGAAAAUGUGUUCUACACGUUGCAGUCUGUCAUGGAGUGUAUUUUAGAGACUGAUGGGAGCAAUAAGUACAAACUUAAGCACAUCGGAAAGGCAGCAAAACGUCGAAGUGGUGACCUUGAAGAGACGUUGACGUGUUCUGUUGACACCUACCUUGCUGCUCGCAUUGCCGACUUCUAA